AGCCGUCCCUGCACCAUGAGUGUCUCUAUGCUGAGUCUCACCAGACCCCUGGGCAGUGUCUCUGGGCUCCUGCCGGUGGCCUCUCUGCUAAGCCUGGCUCUGCUGUUACUCAAGGCAGCAAAGCUCUACCUGCACAGUCAGUGGCUGCUCAAAGUGGUCCAGCGCUUCCCGUCCCCUCCUUCCCACUGGCUCUUUGGGCACAUCCAGGAGGGCAAUCUUCCUUGGACUGACAAGGCUGCGGUGCUCAGGGGAGGUCAGCCACAGUCAGGAAUAGUCAACGGAUCCAGCUGUCCCUGUGCCAUGAGUGUCUCUGUGCUGAGCUUCACCAGACCCCUGGAUGGUGUCUCUGGGCUCCUGCAAGUGGCCUCCCUGCUAGGCUUCGCUCUGCUGUUGCUCAAGGCAGCACAGCUUUACCUGCGCAGGCAGUGGCUGCUCAAAGCGGUCCAGCACUUCCCGUCGCCUCCUUCCCACUGGCUCUUUGGGCACAUUCAGGAGUUCCAAGAUGGCCAAGAGCUACAAAAGUUUCAGAAAAGGGCAGAGAAAUACCCAUGCGCCAGUCCUCGCUGGCUGUGGGGGAGCAAAGUUACCCUCAUAGUCUAUGACCCGGACUACAUGAAGGUGAUCCUGGGGCGAUCAGACCCAAAGCAUCAUGACUUCUCCAGAUUCCUGGCUCCCUGGAUAGGGUACGGUUUGCUCCUGUUGAAUGGGCAGAAGUGGUUCCAGCACCGGCGGAUGCUGACCCCAGCUUUCCACUAUGACAUCCUGAAGCCCUACAUGCGGCUCAUGGCUGACUCUGUCCAUGUGAUGCUGGACAAGUGGGAGGACCUCAUCAGACAGAACUCAUAUCUGGAGAUUUUUGAGCAUGUCUCCUUGAUGACCUUGGACACCAUUAUGAAGUGUGCCUUCAGCUACCAGGGCAGCCAGGAGGCAGACAGGAUCUCCCAGUCCUACAUCCAGGCCAUUCAAGACCUGAGCAACCUGUUUUUUUCCCGAGUGAGGAACGCUUUCCACCAGAAUGACAUCAUCUACAAGCUGACCCCUGAAGGCCGCUGGAACCACCGGGCCUGCCAGCUAGCCCAUCAACACACAGACCGAGUGAUCAAGCUGAGGAAGGCUCAGCUGCAGGAGGAGGGAGCUCUGGAGAAGGUCAGGAGCAAGAGGCACUUGGACUUCCUGGACAUCCUCCUCUUUGCCAGAAUGGAGGAUGGCAGCAGCUUGUCUGACAAGGACCUCCGUGCCGAAGUGGACACGUUCAUGUUUGAGGGACAUGACACCACAGCCAGUGGCAUCUCCUGGAUCCUCUAUGCCCUGGCCACACACCCUGAGCAUCAGCAAAUGUGCCGGCAGGAGAUCCAGAUCCUGCUGGGGGAUGGUGCCUCCAUCACCUGGGACCACCUAGACCAGAUGCCCUACACCACCAUGUGCAUCAAGGAAGCACUGCGACUCUACCCACCAGUUCCGAGCAUCAACAGAGACCUCAACAAGCCCAUCACCUUCCCUGAUGGACGCUCCUUACCCAAAGGAUUCCAGGUGUCCCUCUCCAUUUAUGCCCUUCACCACAACCCGAAUGUGUGGCCAAACCCAGAGGAGUUUGACCCUUCACGGUUUGCACCGGGUUCUGCCCGACACAGCCACGCUUUCUUGCCCUUCUCAGGAGGAGCAAGGAACUGCAUCGGGAAGCAGUUUGCCAUGUGUGAGAUGAAGGUGGCGGUGGCCCUGACCCUGCUCCGCUUUGAGCUGGCGCCAGAUCCUUCCAGGGUCCCUGUUCCCUGUCCAAGAAUUAUGUUGAGGUCCAAGAAUGGGAUCCACCUGCAUCUCAGGAAGCUCCUCUAAAAUCUGUGCAGACAAGGAUGAGCCCGAGAACCUCCUGCCUGCCAUCCUGUCUUCCUGUCUGUGUCUCCCGUCCCCUUUCUUCUGCCUCCCUACAACCUCCAUGAUCUCCCCCUCUUUCCCAUCAGACUGUCUGCCCUUCUCUGUCUCA